AUGUCCAUGGAUUUCUCGACAUAUCCUUCGGGUGGCGAUAUGGAAGUUCCGCUAUUCCUUGAUCUUGGAUAUCGUGUAAUUUGUCCAGAUUGCUGCGGCUACGGAAGAUCUGUGGGUUUGACGAUCACGUCCCUGUUCUCUGAGCCAGUUGCUCACAGUAUUGUUCAGGAAGCUCCCACCGACUCGAUCAUCCCGUAUACUUUCAAAUCCCUCGCCGAUGAUAUUGUUCAAAUCGCAAAGCAGUUGGAUUGUGAGAACAUUAUCGUUGGUGGUCAUGACUGGGGCGCCAUGGUCGCUUAUAAGAUGGCUUUUUGGCAUCCUGAGUUUGUGACCCACAUCUUUACUGUCUGCGUUCCGUACAGUCUCCCCAGCCCACAGUGGGUAGAAUUCGAAUUCGAGAUAGAUGCCACCAUUUUCCCGACUCUUGGAUACCAAGCUCAGUUUAGCAGUGGGCUGAUAGAGCAGAAGACGCAGAGUGCGGACGGAAUCCGCCACUCUCUCACCGCACUCUACGGAGGACAAUCCAAGGGACAGUCUGCUAUGAGUGCCUUCACUGAUGUGGACUUUGAGAAGGCGCGCCAUCUGAGCAGACCGCAAUUUGUCAAUGAGGAAGAGAUGGAGUAUCAUGUCCAUGAGUUUUCAAGGAAUGGACUUACUGGACCUUGCAACUUCUACCGGAACUGGCGCCAGAAUUUUGAAGAUGAUCUGCCGUUUUCAAAGGAGGAGAAGAGGGCACAGGCAGUUCUUGAACCCCCUACAUUGUUUUUAUAUGCAACUGAGGAUGUGUUCAUAAGGCCUGAGAUGACCAAAGGGAUGCUUGAAGCAGUAUCACACUUGACCGUUGUGGAUAUUGAGGCUUCCCACUGGAUCUUGUGGCAGAAGCCCGAAGAAGUGAAUGAAGCGUUAAGACACUGGUUUGACAAACAAGGCUUGGCCUCGAGGAAUCCUCGCACCACUUAG